GAGACUCUUCUCUGGAUCAGAUUCCCUCGAUCACAGCCGAACGAUGGGCAGCUACGGGCGCAGGACAUGGAUUCUGGCGCUGGCGAUCUGCGCCGUUCUUGGAGCGCGUCCCGGCGAUGGGGAGACGAACAUGGACAUCCACAGCAUGCGCAUGGAGACCCGGGUGACGUCGCGGUUUGCCAGAACUCUUAUCACUACGGAGGUCCAAAACCCGUCCAACUCCUCCCAGGAGGCGGUCUUCGACAUCGAGCUCCCGAAAACCGCCUUCAUCACCAAUUUCAGCAUGACCGUUGACAAGGUCACCACUGUGGGAACAGUUAAAGAAAAGGCGGACGCCAAGAGGACGUAUCAGAAGGCCGUGUCCAGGGGGCAGAGCGCUGGUUUGGUCCAAUCUACAGGAAGGAAAAUGGAACAUUUCAAGAUCUCUGUGAAUGUCGGCGCUCUGGCGAAGGUAACAUUUAGACUGACUUAUGAAGAAUUAUUAAAACGCCAACUUGGGAAUUAUGAGCUGUACCUGAGAGUGAAGCCACGAGGAUUGGUGGAGAACUUCCAGAUAGAUGUGGAGAUUCUGGAGCCGCAGGGGAUCAGCUUCCUCAAUGCUGUCGGGACUUUUAUCUCCAACGAAUUGACAGAUUUUAUUCAGAUAAAUCGCACAGAAACAAAGGCUCACAUCGAAUUUAAGCCGACGCUGAGUCAGCAGAGAAGUUGUCCGAAAUGCGUGGAAACUCUUCUGGACGGAGAUCUGAUGAUUAAAUACGACGUGAAGAGGGAAAACUCUGCAGGGAAGUUGCAGGUCAUCAAUGGGUAUUUUGUACAUUACUUCGCUCCUCCCAGCCUCAAGCGGAUCCCCAAGAACGUGGUGUUUGUAAUUGACCGCAGCGGAUCCAUGCACGGAAAUAAGAUUAAACAGACAUACGAAGCCUUCCUGAAGAUUCUGGAGGAUGUGCCCGAAGAAGAUUAUUUUGCUAUUUUAAAAUUUGAUGAUAAGGUUGAGAAGUGGAAGAAGCAGCUGGUUCAGGCCGUACCGGGGAAUAUUAAAAAGGCAAAGGAGUUUGUAUCACAAAUCACUGCAAGAGGAGGUACCGACAUUAAUAAAGCUUUACUGACCGCGGCCAAAAUGCUGACCAAUGCCACUUUUAAUAACCAGUUGCCAGAAGUGAGCGCUUCCAUAAUAAUCUUCCUCUCCGAUGGGGAGCCGACCUCCGGCACCACCAACCAUGACAAGAUCAUAGACAACGUGAAGCGGUCUCUGGAAGGUCGGGCCUCGCUCUACUGCCUGGGGUUUGGCAAUGAUGUGGAUUAUAACUUUCUAGAGAAGUUGUCCUUGCGGAAUGGUGGCCUUGCUCGUCGUAUAUAUGAGGAUUCCGACUCUGCUCUACAGUUGCAGGGCUUCUAUAAUGAAGUGGCCUACCCAAUGCUUUUGAAUGUUCACCUACAAUACUUGGACAACUCUGUGGAUUAUCUCACUCAGAACAACUUCAAACAUUACUACCAGGGUUCGGAAAUCAUUGUCUCUGGAUUCAUAGCCAACAACAGCCUGGAGAUCCUCACAGCGGAGGUGACGGCUCAAGGGGUGUCGGAGCCAUUUUCUGUAAAACUGAAGACAAAUAUCAAAGAAGAGGAAGAGGUGGAGAAAGAACAGCAUUAUGUAUUCGGAGAUUUCAUAGAGAGGUUGUGGGCGUAUCUCACCAUAGAGCAACUACUGACCAGACAAAUAUCAGUGGAAGGGGAAGAGAAAAAGAACGUGACAGAAAAAGCCCUCAACCUCUCCCUGAAGUAUAAUUUUGUCACCCCAUUGACCUCCCUGGUGGUGACGAGACCAGAAGAGGAGGACGAGGCAAAUAAGCAUUUGGUGGCCACUAAACCAAAUGAGAACGAUGAGAAGGACGAAUAUGAGUUUGAUGACAUUCCUGGUUCUCACGAUGUAGCGAGCAACGUUCAGCACAUGGAUUCCCAUUACUACGUGGAUUAUGACUCCGCCUUAGAAGAAGCCUCCAUAAAAUACAUUCGUACUGACCCAGAGGAUUUGGCUCCUGUCCAACCAACGCUGAUAACGGCUUCUACCCAAGAUGAUUGUGAAGUUUUCCACGUUCUUCUGAAGCAGCCCAAAGCCUCUGAACAGAUUUGCAUUCAAGUCUCUCAGGCUGAUGACGUUUAUAUCACAUUAAUACAUGACGCCACCUCAGGUGUCACGCUGAACGGCAGGCCGAUGGGUGACCAGAGUUUCGGGACAUUUGGUUUACUGAACACUAAGCUGGGGCUGAAGGUGGAAAUCGGGGAAGACAAGGUGGCGGUGACGCGGGGCUCGGAGCUGAAAGCCUAUAACUGGAAUUCUUCUUUUGAACUAGACGGGUUUCUCAAGAAAGACGGUGAAAAAAUAACGGUGACGAUAAAAGAUGGAGUCGGUUUCACCAUUUUCAGGGUGGAUCGGUCAUUCCGCUUGUCUUUAUUGGUAGAAGACCAACAUUCACCCACAAACCACACCAGUGGGGUCAUUGGUCAGUUAUUAAAUAACAAAACUUCUUUUCACGCCGACUCCUUGGCUGCGGGGGAUCAAAUAUUUCCACUACGGAGCCAUUCCGAUUGUGACUUCACACCGUACGGAGCAGAAAAUCGCGGUUCCUGUCUCUUCAUCUCCCUCAAAACCAAUGAUUUGAUCAGCGCAGAAAGUUACAUUGUAUCAGAUAUCUUCACAGUGCCAUAAAAAGGACAAAGGCCCUGAGCUGGUCACCACACACGGGACAAUUUCCAGGAGAUUCCAACCACUUUCCACCUCCUGGGAAUCUCACGCGUGAUCACAAGCGUUCCCCAGAAGAGAAGCGAUCCCCGGAGUUCCAUCACCGCCAGAAAUCCGUCGAUUGUUAAUUUGAAGUUUGGAAAUACAUUGGAAGCUUUGAUGAAGUUUAUUGGAAAAUCGAAAUGCAAACGGAUAAAAAAAAAAAAUCGAUGGGAAUUUCAAAGGCAAAUUAAAUUAUUCCACCGGGUUUUUUAUUGGGCCAUUUCUUUGUGAUCGAUCGAAACCACAGAUUUAUGUUUUUCUUUUGUAUUACAAUUUUGAUAAAAAGAAAAAAGGAAUUGGAAGUAUCGUCGGUCUAUGAAAUUGUUACGACUGGUGCGAAGAAAGGCGACGACGCUGACAACAGCCAAUGAGAGCGUCUUUUAUUUUUUCUCUGCUGCUCUGUAAUGUGUCGUGACCCCAUGUGGUGCCCCCUGGACCCUCACCUGCCAUCUUCCCACAAAGUGACGUUUUUUCUUUUUUUAGGAGGAUAAUGUAAAGUUUAGGGAGCGGCACGGAAUGAAAAAUGGAGAAUAUUGCGGCCCCUCGUAGUUUAUCCUUCAUUCUGCAAUAGAGAUAAUAACAGUUUAUAGAUCUUAUCUGUAUUUACACGGGAGCCUCGGAGUCUCCUCUGCGCACAUUUGGGUUUCUU